CGCAGCUUCCGGAACUGCUCUUUGCCGUUUGCACUGUGAUUCUGUGAAACUUGGAAAUGUCUCGAGCUGUGAUUUUGCUGUCCUUGGUUUCUCUUGUCUUUGCUUCUAGUGAUUUGCGUUUGGUAAAUAGUGAUGGAAGUUAUGACACACGAGUUGGAAGGGUAGAAGUCUUCCUGCACAACAAGUGGGGCCAAGUCUGCGGUGAUGGAUUUAGUUCGGUUGAUGCUGGGGUUGUCUGUUCCAGCCUUGGCUAUGCUGGUUAUGGGUCCGUAGAAACGUCAAAUCAUGGAAUUGGUAAUUUGUCAAUUGUUAUAGCAAAUGUAGUCUGCAAUGGACAAGAAACUAGCCUCUUAAAUUGCCAGUAUAGCAAACAGGACACUUGCCGCACUGGUAUAGCUGGGGUAGACUGUCAGACGUCCCUCGGUGCAACUGGCUCAGUUGGACAAGAAGCUGGUAUCAUUGCAGCUAUUGUGAUAUGCUUAGUUGCUGUUGUUGGUGUAUUGAUUCUCCUUGGAGCUUGUCUAUGGAGAAACGAUUUCUGUGUGGGUGGAGGAGCAGCAGCAUAAAAUGCUUUUUUUAUUUUUUGAACACAGAUUAACUAUAAUGAUUAUUAUCUCAAAAUAAUUCUAGUUCUUAUUGUGUACUGUUUGUGCUGUAGUUUUUUAUAUAAUCUUUAUUCAGUCCAUCUGUGACCACAA